CUCCAACUUCGUGACAGCCCGACAUUCAGAUAGAUAGUAGAUCCUUUUGUACGAUGAGCGUAGCAAACGCGGACGAAGCUAGAAAAGCGCUCAAACUAGCCCAGGACUACCGUGAAAAGGGUUCCUACUCGGUCGCUCUCAAAUGGGCUCGCAAAUCGUCCAGCUUGUCACCAUCAUCAGAAGCAACAAGCUUGACAGCAUCUCUGGAGAAAGAGAUCGCUUCUGGUGCCACAUCGACAUCGAUACCGUCGAAAGAUGCCACGUCGUCAGCUACCAAAGCUACAGGCGCCGAGACGCACCCGAGUGCGAGCGGGACGCAUCAACGGCCGGGACAUGGAUCCUCCAGCGCUGGUGAGACUUCCGGAUCUUCGACGAAGGAUGGUGGAGAUGCCAAAAGCAGAUCGUUCACUCCGGAGCAGACGAAAGUGGUGAAACGGGUCAUCGCUUGUAAAGCACACGAGUAUUACUCGAUAUUGGCAGUGGAAAGGAGCUGUUCCGAGGGGGAAGUGCGGAAAGCAUAUCGAAAGCUCGCUCUUGCGUUACACCCGGACAAGAACGGUGCACCGAGAGCCGACGAGGCUUUUAAAAUGGUCUCGAAAGCGUUCCAAGUCCUGUCCGACAACAACCUGCGAGCGGCUUACGAUUCAAAUCCUCAUCAAGACCCUUCCAGUCGAGGUGGCGGUGGUGGAGGUGGUGGACCGAGCAUGGCAACGAGAGGGUUCGGCGGCGGUCAUCCUGGGUUCCAUCAGUCCGAGGUCUCGCCGGAAGACUUGUUCCGUGCGUUCUUUGGCGGUGGAGGGUUCGAUCAGUUUGGAGGUGGCGGUGGUGGCUUUGGGGGUGGACCAGUGUUCACGUUCGGCGGCCCCAAUGGGUUCAGACAAUUUGGCGGCAACCAGGGCAUGCAUGCUCGAGCUCGAGAUAACCGACGAGAAUCACCUCCUCCCAAUUGGGUGCAGAUGCUGCCUCUCCUCUUCCUCGUAUUCAUCGGUCUCCUCUCCUGGCUCCCUGGCAUGUUCUCGACCCCAGACCCGGGGUAUCAAUGGAAGUCCAUCUCGCCUUGGACUCUGCACAAGCAGACGAGCAGCAUAAACGUCGAUUAUUGGGUCAACCCGCGGGAAUGGCAGCGACACCCCAUCUUUGAGAGUAUACCCGAAGGGAAGAGGGGGAUGGAACAGGCUGGAACGUAUAGCAACAAGUUGAAGCGGUUCGAAUCUGGGAUCGAACAGCAUUACGUGUCCACUCUGCGUCAACAGUGCGGCAACGAGCGAGAGGAUAGGCGCGAUCGUAUAGACCGGAAUCGUGGACUGUUUGGGCUCGGCGCCGAUUGGGAGAAGAUCGCCCAGAUCCAGAACGAAAAGCUACCGAGUUGCGAGAAAUUGAGAACGCUCGAGAGCAAGUACUCUGGGAGCCGGAACUUGUAUCGGUAAUAGAUAGAGAGAGCAUUGUACAUGUGGUCGUAUGGCACAUGGCAUCGUCCAGCUGUCAUGGCGGCGAAUCGUGUUUACGCGAAGACACGCAUGUUGACUUGGAAGGAAGCGCGGGCUGGCAAAGAACAUGG